UCAGUUCGGUUAGCAUGUUCAUUGGGAUCGGGGCGCAGUAGGUAGGAUUAUCUUUUCGUGAGGCAGUUAUGGCCUCCGCCAGCGAGCUGCAAAGCACCCAAGCUGAGCUGCAGUCCGUCAAGCGGGCCUUGCAGAACGGAGCGGCGUAUCUCGGACUACAGGGUGAAGCACUGCAGAAGUAUUUGCUCCAAUUGAAUGAAAAGGAAAAUCUCUUACUGUCCAAACAGUUGCGGGGCUUGGCAGUUCAAGAGAGCUUUGAACCGUUGUUGCCUGCCGGGGCAUCAUCGGGGCCAACGCGAGGGUACGCAACUAGUGGGCAGGUGACCAAUGGGGCACACCAGCCUCGCCCUGCACCAGUUGGAGAUGCGAAGGCCUUCAACCGCGACAAUCUUCAAGAUGUCCUGGUCCACAUGGCCGAAUACGAGGCAGUGCCCGCAGAAUGUGCAAAGGCCCUGAAGGCGCUUUCCUCUCUGGCGUAUGCCAAUGCUCGGGUGGUUGGCCAGGACGAGCGAGUGCUCCCGGCCUUGCUUAGAGCAGUGCGUUUGCAUAGCAGAGAGGGAGCAGUGCAGCUCACAGCCAUGAGAGCCAUUUCAAACAUGGCCUAUGACCAGGAAGUGGCGUUAACCAGACUAGCGCAGCCAGAUGUCAUGGGGCAGCUGCUGACAUCGAUGGCAUCCAAAUCUGAGCCAAAGGAGAUUGGCGCCAGAGCGAGCGAAGCUUUGGCCAGAAUCAUCGCUGCAGAGGUAAAGCCAGAAAGCGAAGGCGGUGGGCCUCCGCCUGAACAGCCUGUGCAGCUCCCGGCGGGUUCGCCGGGAGCGCUCUGCGGUCUGUUCCUGGCCGCAUGCAGUGCUGAGGCUGUUUGCAAAGAGAUUGUGCCACAGCUGCUACUGCAGCUCUCUUCCAACGAGGUGAUAGAAGCGAAACAGGCAGCUGAGGGCUUCACAAGAUGUGAGCAGGAAUGCAAAAACCCUGGGGAUGGCGUUGGUUGGUUGGCUCUUGCCAAAAUUCUCUCGCCAAUGGACUCUGUUCGAGACCUGCCCGCUGCAUUAGUUGAAGCAGGUGCGAUCCGGGCUGCAGCUAGCAUCAUGGCUCGCUUCAUUGACGAUAGCUUGGUCCAGCUGACCGGCAUCGAAGCCAUGUCUAGUCUUGUGGGGAAUCGCUGGGCUGGAUUGAGGGCAUUUGCAGAUGUUGGCGGCAUGGAGCGGGUGGAGGAAGCCAUGCGACGUCAUGGGCCAGAUGCAUUGAUUCAGACGAAGGGUGUCCGAGCACUUGGCAGUGGGGUUCAAUGGCCUCAAGACAUCCAAGAGAGAGCUCGAUAUUCUCACAGGCGGGCAGUUGAGUUGACCAAAACAGCAAUGUCGCAGCAUGGUGGAGACGUCGAGCUCCAGAUUGCUGCGUUGGAGGCCCUCGCGAAGUACUUGGACAAGACCAAGUGUGUAUCUGACAUUAAAGAAGCGGGAGGUGAAGGCCUGGUGAAGAUGAUGAUGACCACUCACCAUGCCAAUCCGAAGGUUCAGCAGUGGGGGCGUCAUGUGCUUACCGGCAUUGGGGCAGAUCCAAAUUGGGCCCCUAAGACCGGGACUUUGCCUUGAUAAAGAAACAAUUGAUCAUAUUCAUUCAAGCGAC